CGCCUCCCAGAAGGCCCCGCGCGUCGUCCUCCUCGCCCUCCCUCAAGGCCGCCUCGCUGUCUCUGUGUCCGCUGUCCGCGCCUCGGGAGAUACACGGACGCUCCCGUCGCCAUGCUGCCUGCCGCACUGCUUCGCCGCCCGGGCCUGCGCCGCCUGGUGCUGCAGGCGCGUGCCUACGCCGAGGCCGCCGCCGCACCUGCCCCCGUCGCCGGGCCCGGACAGAUGUCCUUCACCUUCGCUUCGCCGACGCAGGUGUUCUUUGAUGGUGCCAACGUCCGGCAGGUGGAUGUGCCCACGCUGACUGGAGCCUUUGGCAUCUUGGCGUCCCAUGUGCCCACACUACAGGUUCUACGGCCUGGGCUGGUGGUGGUCCAUGCCGAAGAUGGCACCACAACGAAGUACUUUGUGAGCAGCGGCUCGGUCACUGUGAACGCAGACUCCUCAGUACAGCUACUGGCAGAAGAGGCUGUGACACUGGACAUGCUGGACCUGGGGGCUGCGCAGGCCAACUUGGAAAAGGCACGGUCAGAACUGUCAGGCGCGGCGGACGAGGCAGCACGGGCCGAGAUCCAGAUCCGUAUUGAGGCCAACGAGGCCCUGGUGAAGGCCCUGGAGUAGGCAGUGCAUGCCUGUCACCUGCAGGGAAACUGAGGCAGGUCCAGGCAGAUGAAAACUGUUCCUGGAGGCUGUGCAGCUGGUUGCUGCUGAAGUUGCCACCAGGGGGCAGCAGUGCUCCAGCUGCUGGCUCGAAGCUUCCUGGUGCCGGCCUGUAGGUCAUGGAGGUCUU